AUGUCGUCGGACAAUAUCAACGUUCUCCUGACCAGCUUCGCCGGUCUGGGUCUGCCGCCGACCCUUGCGCUGCCCGUCCCAGCAACAACGACAGUAUCAGACCUACGGAGGCAAAUCGCCCAACGACUGCCGGCAUGCGACUCGAGGCUCAUCCUCACCACCCUCUCGAACAAGCAGAUUCCGCAGCUCUCCGAUGCGCCGCUAUCAAACUACCUCUCUUCGCCUCAAGAUGACUUCCUCUCUCUGCGUCUUGCGACGCCCCUCUGCGGUGGCAAGGGCGGUUUCGGCUCUCAGCUGCGUGCCGCCGGAGGGCGCAUGUCCUCCAAGAAGAAGAAGAACCAGGAUGACCAUGGGUCCAACCGAAAUCUUGACGGACGGCGGCUGCGCACCGUGAACGAGGCCAAAUCGCUGGCGGAGUACCUCGCCAUCAAGCCCGAUAUGGACAAGAAAGAGAAGGAAAGGCGCCGCAAGAGGUGGGAGCAGAUCAUCGAGACGGCAGACAAGCGAGAGGCCGAGAUCAAGUCUGGAAGCAAGGGACGUCUUGACGGCAAGUGGGUAGAGGAUAGGGAGGAGAGCAGCGAGAAGACACGCGAUGCUGUCCUCGCCGCCAUGAAGGCUGGCAGCUACACGGACAACCUCCUCGGAACCUCGGAGGGAUCCAACACCUCUUCUUCUUCAAGCCAUGCCCAGAAUCUCUCUAGUUCGGAAGAGGACGAGCAUGAAGCCAGCUCCAAGGAAUCGACACCUCUUUCCGAGCCCGCCAAGCAGGACAAGGGCAAGGGGAAGGCACCUGCUUUCUUUGGAUUUGACGAGGACGAUGAGUUCAUGAGCUCUGAUGAGGAGACCGACAAAAAAUAG